AUGAAGGACCAGGAUAUCGUCGGCCAUGCGCUGGCCGCGGUUUUACCUCAAUAUGACCGACCCUGGUUUCGCAUUUCACAUCUGCUACGGCUAAACCUCAUACUUAUCGUGCCGUUGAUGUCCUCUGCAGUUGCUGGAUACGAUGGCUCCAUGAUGAACGCUCUUCAAGCAACCAGCCAAUGGAAAAACUACUUUAACAAUCCCACUGGCUCUGUUCUCGGCGUUGUCAACGCGGCCCAGUCCAUCGGCAGCUUUAUUUCCCUGCCUUUUAUCGGGCAUUUAUCGGACAGGAUUGGUCGCAAGUAUACGUUGCUCUCCGGUGCGAUUGUGAUUGUUGUUGCAUCUGCCAUCCAAGCAGCCUCUGUCAAUUAUGGCAUGUUUGUUUUUUCAAGGGUCCUCGUGGGCGUGGGCUCGAUGCUGGUCGUGCAGCCGUCACCAAUGCUAAUCACAGAACUGGCAUAUCCUACCCAUCGGGGAAAAUACACCAGCGCAUUCUGGACUAUUUAUUUCGUUGGCGGCAUUCUAGCUUCGUGGGCUAUUUUCGGCACAAACAAGCAUCUCACGGACGAUUGGGUGUGGAGGGCGCCAUCUAUUCUUCAAGCGGGCUUUCCAGUUCUUCAAAUAAUAUUCUGGUGGUUUGUGCCGGAGUCUCCUAGAUGGCUCAUUGCCAACGGACGAUCCGAGGAAGCUGUUCAGACACUGGCACGUUUCCACACUGGGGGUGACUCUACUCACCCAUUGAUUCAAUUCGAGGUUGAGGAAAUUGGACGCACUAUCGAAAUGGAAAAACUGGCAGCAAAAACCAGCUGGAAGACGUUGGUCCAGACACCGGGAAACAGGAAAAGAACAUUUAUCGCCAUCUGCGUGGGUGCAUUUGCACAGUACAAUGGUAUUGCAGUCGUUUCAUACUACCUGUCCCUUGUGCUCGAUACCGUUGGAAUCACGGAUCCCGACACCCAGACAUUGAUUAACGGAUUGCUCAACAUUUUCAACUUCGUAAUCGCCCUCAGUGCGGCCAUGCUUGUCGAUCGACUCGGUCGGCGUACGCUGUUUCUCUGGUCUGCUGUGGGCAUGCUGAUAUCGUUCGUUAUCUGGACUGCUUGUUCGGCCGUGUUUGACAGCACAGGCAACACAUCGCUUGGCCGGACAGUGAUUGCCUUUGUAUUCAUCUACUCGUUUCAUUACGACAUAGCUUACACUCCGCUGCUUCUCGGGUAUCCGACGGAGAUCUUCCCAUACUCUAUUCGCAGUAAGGGCCUAACGCUUGAGCUGCUGGCUGUGUACGGAUCACUUAUCGUUCUGGCGUUUGUCAACCCAAUUGCUUUGGACAAUGUCGGGUGGCAUUAUUACAUCUUCUUCUGUUGCUUUGAUGUGGUUGUCUUGGCUGUCACAUACUUUGUCUUUCCAGAAACUAAGGGCUAUUCUCUCGAGGAGAUUGCGGAAGUGUUUGAUGGCCCUGGUGUCGUGGGCGAGGUCAGCUGGGCAGGGUUGAAGAAGACCGAUGAGGAGCUCGAACAUGCGGAGCAUGUACAUUAG